AGUCUGCCUCAGCCCUGCGCAGUCAACCGUCAGCAGCGCCACUGGGUGCAGGGAUAUCCCGAUGAAAGGGGAGACUGUUCGGGGUGAAGAAUUCAGGCAAGAUUUAACUACACUCAUCUGUCAUGAGUUGAAGCGGUCGACUAAUUAACCAUCACUCAAAGACAAAAGACUCAGAUGUUGCUGCCAUGUGCCACACUGACACCCCAAGCAGACGAAAAACUGAGCUCACUGAAGACCUUUUAGCAUCUUUCUGCCCCCUGAUCGACGAAACUUACAGCGAUUCUUCUCUGAGACUCCCAGAGGUCCACCCCUUCCACAGUGUGUCCAUCCAGACGCUACUUCUAUCUGGUUGCACCUUCCUCAUUGUCUCACAGGACUGGCUAUACUGUCAGUAAGGUUCAUUCACAAAUGUCUACCUCACGAUUAAAAGACCCCUCUCCAACACUGCGACCCUGAACAGGAAAAAAAAAUGACCUCGAGCAUUGACCGGGAUGACAGCAGUAUCUUUGAUGGGUUAAUGGAAGAAGAUGAAAAGGACAAAGCGAAACGUGUGUCCCGUAACAAGUCUGAGAAGAAACGUAGGGACCAGUUCAAUGUCCUCAUCAAGGAGCUGGGUACCAUGUUGCCGGGCAACACCCGGAAGAUGGACAAGUCCACUAUUUUGCAGAAAAGCAUCGACUUUCUGCACAAACAUAAAGAAAUUGCUGCUAACUCAGAGUCAACUGAGAUCAGACAAGACUGGAAGCCUCCUUUUCUUAGUAAUGAAGAGUUCACUCAGCUGAUGUUGGAGGCGUUAGAUGGAUUUUUCCUUGCAAUUAUGACUGACGGGAAUAUAAUCUAUGUCUCUGAGAGCGUGACAUCACUACUAGAGCACUUACCUUCUGACCUUCUGGAUCAGAAUCUGUUAAACUUCCUGCCUAUGGGGGAGCAGUCAGAUGUGUACAAGGCUCUGGCCUCUCACGUCAUGGAAGGAGAGACGCUGACACCUGAGUAUUUAAAAACAAAAAAUCAGCUUGAGUUCUGUUGCCACAUGCUCCGAGGGACAAUCGACCCCAAGGAGCCCCCCGUGUACGAGUAUGUCAAGUUCAUUGGAAAUUUCAAGUCCCUGAAUAAUGUGCCUAACUGUACCAGAAACGGUUUUGAAGGAGUGAUCCAGCGAUCGCUUCAUUCUGCCUUUGAAGACAGAGUAUGUCUCAUAGCAACUGUAAGGCUAGCCAAACCACAGUUUAUAAAGGAGAUGUGCACUGUAGAGGAGCCUAACGAGGAAUUCACCUCUAGACAUAGUUUAGAGUGGAAGUUUCUCUUCUUGGACCACAGAGCUCCACCUAUCAUUGGUUACCUCCCAUUUGAGGUCCUGGGUACAUCAGGGUAUGACUACUACCAUGUAGAUGACUUGGAGACGUUGGCCAAAUGCCACGAACACUUAAUGCAAUAUGGCAAGGGAAAGUCCUGCUACUACAGAUUCCUCACCAAAGGGCAGCAGUGGAUUUGGCUUCAAACUCAUUACUACAUCACCUAUCACCAGUGGAACUCCAGACCAGAGUUUAUUGUCUGCACACACACUGUUGUGAGUUACGCUGAAGUAAGAGCAGAGCAGCGCAGAGAGCUUGGCAUUGAAGAAUCACCGCCAGAGAUCACAGCUGACAAGUCCCAGGACUCGGGCUCUGAGUCCCAGCUCAACACUUCCAGCCUGAAGGAGGCUUUGGAGCGCUUUGACCACAGCCGGACUCCGUCUGCUUCAUCUCGCAGCUCACGCAAAUCUUCACACACUGCUGUGUCUGACCCAGCCUCGUCACAGAUGAAGCUCCAGGGAGAUAGGAGUACACCCGGCCGCCAGUCUGUCUCUGCGGUGGAGAUGACAUCACAACGAAGAUCAUCUAUCAGCAGUCAGCAGUCGAUGAGCUCCCAGAAUACAGGGCAGAACAUGGCACCUGCUAUGGUUUCACAGCAGCAACAGCAGCAGCAACAGCAGCAGCAGCAGCAACAACAACAACAACAACAACAGCAGCAGCAGCAGCAGCAGCAGCAGCAACAGCCACAACAACAACAAGUUCAGACCAACAGCCAGUCGAUGGUGCAGUUCUCCAGCCAGUUAGAAGCCAUGCAGCACCUGAAAGAGCAGCUGGAGCAAAGAACCAGAAUGAUCGAGGCCAACAUUCAGAGGCAGCAAGACGAACUGCGGCAGAUCCAGGAGGAGCUGCAGAGGGUGCAGGGACAGAGUCUACAGAUGUUCCUGCAGAAAGGAGCUGGUGGACUAAAUCUCAACUCUGUUCAGAUGGCCCAGGGGACUGCUGUGCAGCAGGGGGGCACACUCAGCAUGCAGGGCCAGGUGGUCUCUGCAGGGCCUCUACAGAACAGCAUCCAGCAACAACAUGCUGUCCAGCCCCAAUCCCAGCAGCAAACAGCACUGUCACAGUCUCAGCGGUCGUCUCUCACGCUGCAGCCUCAACAAAAUCAACUGCCUGCAUCUCUCUACAACACAAUGAUGAUCCCUCAGCAAAGCCCUGCAAACGUGGUUCAGAUUGCCACAAGCCUGGCACAGAAUACUGGACCCAACACUCCUGCUGUGGCAACAUUUGCACAGGACCGUUCGGCUCAGAUUAGGUUUCCCGCCGGUCCUCAGCUGCUCACCAAGCUAGUGACAGGACAGAUGGCAUGUGGGGCCGUCAUGGUUCCCACAACCAUGUUUAUGGGCCAAGUGGUGACGGCCUUCGCUCCUCAGCAGGGCCAGACACAGACUAUCAGCAUUGCCCAACAGCCACCACCACAGCAGCAGCAGCAGCAACAGCAGCAGCAGGAGCAGCAGGUACAGCAGCAGUCGCAGGUCACAGCCAUGCAGCCAGGACAGGCGCCACUGAACCAGCAGCAGACGCAGUUCCUACAGGCUCCUCGGCUCCUUCAUGGAAACCAAUCCACCCAGUUGAUCCUGCAAGCGGCAUUCCCUUUGCAGCAGCAGGGUACCUUCACUGCUGCAGCCCAGCAGCAGCAACAACAGCUCCAGCAGCAACAACAGUUACAACAACAGCAGCAGAAGCAGUUACAACAGCAGAAGCAACAGCUUCAGCAGCAGCAGCAGCAGCAACAGCAACAGCUGGCACCUCACAGAGCAGAUAGUUUGUCCGACCGCCCUGCUGCGCAGCCACAGUAGCUGGCUGAAGUGGAGUUAGCCACACGGAUGUCUUUGUGACAGGAGUCUAAGGAGGAGUUCUGCUGAAAGCGCAGCACUGGGACCGUGCCUCAGAGGCUGAGAGGUGAUUGGAUGGGCAGGCCGUGCUUCCCUUCCCUCACAAGGAUCUUUUGCUGUUUGCACUUAACUCCUGAGCAGCAGAGAACCCAGGACUGGGCUCGCUGUGGCUCUGGCAGCAGGUUUGGCUCAAAGCCUUCCCUCCAAGAAAACAGGGAGCCACAAUCCCCAUAAUGGACUCCCCAUCACUCCUCCCCAGCCCUCGAAAAGUGUCUGUAUGUGUGUGUGUGUGUACGUAUACGUGUACGUGUGUGUGUGUGUGUGCUUGUGUACGUGUGUGUACGCACGCCCACGUGCGUGUGUGCGUGUGUGCGUGUGUGCGCGCUAGUCACCCUCACAGGAUUAUUUCAUGCAGAAUUCUCCAGUCAAAGCAGUGAGGAUUCUAUCUUCACUUCAAGGACGUCCUGCAGAGCAGCCAGAGGAUUGUUCGUUUUGGAUGUUUUCUCCUAUUCUUGUUUUUCAUGUAAAAAUAAUUAUGGGUCAGAAAAUAUUUUUAAGAAUGUGGUGUAGAUUGAACUUUUACUGUACAGAAUAUCGUGUAAUAUAUAAUGUAAAUAUAUUGAAAAAGAAAGAACUAAUAUUUUAUAUGAUGCAUGAAAUGAAAUGCAUAGUCUGUUAUUUGCAGCUUUGAAUAUGCUUUUUUUCUUGUACUCUAAGAAAAAAAGAUCUUAAAAUGCUCAGUGGCUGAUAUUUUCACACACUUCCUUUCUCCCAGGGGAUGUGUUUGUUUGUGUGUCUGCAUAGCAGACAAUGCCGAUGCUGUUUGUUGUGUCACAGUUUGUUUAAUCCUUGACUCAUAUUUUCACAGUUUCCUAAAACUGUCAAAAUGAUAAGCAAAUGUUUUAAAGUAUUUUUAAGGUUUUUUAGAUGUGCUUAAAAUGCAAACACUCAAGACUCUAAAUUCAUAGUGAGUCGGAUAUUGUGUAUGCAAUGGAAACUACCAAGGUUAGGAGAAAUGUAUGCAACAGUACGAUUUGCCCGCAUAAUCCUUCAUAUCGUUCUUUCUUCUUUUUUUUUUUUAUCACUAGAUCCCUCCAUUUCAGAGCCAUCCAUAAAGCCUGUAUGGCACCUAAAGAUGCUUUAUUCCACCUACAAACAUUUAUCCUUUAAAUUAUGUUGAAAUAUUAAAAUAUAUAAAAUCAGACAUGUUGCUAAGGAAGAUUCUUUCCUCAUUGGCAUGCUGAUCAUCCAUCCAGUCUUUAGCCACUUAUUUGGGUCAACACAGCACGCAGAACACCAAACGUCUUAACGAGUUCACCAAACUAUCUCAACACAGAGAUCUCCUCUUCGCCGUUUGUGAGCUUGUGUUAACAGACAGAAAGAAGCCACUCGUUUCCUUACAACUGCAAAUUCCAUCUUGUAGCUAUGAGUCAGUGCUGAGUGAUCUGUGAGUUUGUCUUGUGUGAACUUUCCGUCACGUCACUCCUUCAUACAAGCAGCUACAUUACAGCGAUGGUUCACUGCAUCUUCACUCACUAAAAGCUGCACUAAUGGAAUUUUUGGGCCACUUGGUUGCAGUGAGACUGGUAUACCAUCACGUUUAAAAUCCCUGUAACAAACUAAUGUGCAAACAGCAACAUUAGCAUUUGUUAGUAGUCUGUAUGUGUGUGUACACCUGAAAAUGACUCUUCAGCUGCUCAGUGCUCCACUGUGUUCAGCAGCUGAAUGCCAGCUUCGCCUUUCUGCUGAUUGAUGCUGGGCAGGUAGUGCACAAUAGUUUUUUGGGGGGGACUGACUGCAUCCAAAAACAGUUUCUGCUGCCAGAAAACCAAAUGACUGAGCUAAAAGAUGCUAAAAAAAAAAAAAAUUUAAAAAGAGAAAUGCAUAGUCAACAGUCAAUGCCAUUUCAGAUACAAGCAGUUAUGUGAACUGUUAUUAUUAUUUUUUAAAGUUGAUGAUUGGGAUAAGAUUAUUGCAGGACACAAAUAUAAAAUGUUAAUAUAAAGCCAAAUCCACCCCCCCUAAAACCCAUAAAGACAGCCUUUAACAUUUCCAGGAUCCUUUAAAGCUGCAGGAGUCAGAAAUCUGGAAAAACAGCUUCAUUCAUUUCUGCCUUUAAAUGGGCAUCAAACUUUACUCUUCUGAGUGAAAGUUGUUUCUGUUCCUGUUCCCACCACAGACUUAUUUGCUCUUUAUACUCUGAUGUGGGUAAAAGCUCUGAUGUUUGAGAAGAUGAGGUGCAGAAAUCCAGUUUUCACUCAGACUGCCUGAAUUAGAAUAUACUGAACAGUUAUCAUAGAACGUGACACCAGAUUUAUUAAUACGGGCUACCCCUGCUUUAUCUGCUAGAUGGUUAAAAUAAAGUUUAGAAAUCACUACUGAAUCCACCCUGAAGUAGAGCUAUGUGGUGGUUUUUCAUUAUUUAGGACACUCCUGUCACAAUUCAAACCGAGGACGACACUGGGGGGAUCAGAGUGUCGCUGCAGACCGAGCUCCCCAGUCGACCUACACAUUCUGGCUCUGUAGGUUUGCCUGACGUCCUACUCACCAUCUGAUCGAAUUCACAGCCAGAUGGUAUCGAGCUGACAGCUCAGCCUCUUCUUCAUCUGUGUGAAGCGAUGGGCUGAGCUCAACACAUGGCCACAAAGUCACUCUUUGACUUUUGGUCCAAAAUGUCUUAAAGCGUUUUUCUGUUCGUGUCCGUGAUUGCAAAGUCCCGUAAAGUCCUUAUAACAUGAGUAUACUUAAGUCUGAUUUUUGUGCCAUAUCGUGUUGAAUUUAGUCUCUUUUCUUCCAGUAAAAUUGUGACAGACUGAGUUUUACUAAAUAAACCAGGUCUGACUUAACACCUUCAAUCACUGGAAAAUGAAAACAUUAUUCGUCUUCUGUGCAAAAUUUAUAGACGUCAUGCUUGAUUCAGUCCAAGCUUUGAGCAGCAGCAGAGAACCCUCGCUUUCUGUUUAGUGCUUUGGGAUGUUGUGUACACAGUUUGGCACCGACAGACAGAAGAAAUCACAUCCAACAGCUACUGUUUCUACUGCGCUAAAACUAACUUUGCUUGUAUGACGCUUCACUUUGGCUCCUGUUUGUUGUUGUUGUUGUUGUUGUUGCCUGUUUCAGAUGUUUAGCAGACUUAAUUGGGUGACUGCUCCCGAUAUGUAUUACCUGAACAUUUCAAAUUUUAUCCAAUGAUACAAACCUACCUGGAGUGUUUGGUUCAUCCGCCCACAGUAUAAGUCACAUGCUACCACCAGCAUCACUUGAAUAAUGUAUGUUCAGUACUGCUCAUUCAUUCAUUCAUUCAUUCAUUCAUUCAUUCAUUCAUUCAUUCAUGACAAUUUAAAUAAGGGACCAUAUGAAAAUUAUCAGGAUGAAGGCGAUGUGAACCUUAUGUUUGAUUAUUGACACUUGAUUUUAUAUUGACUGUCCUGUUGACCUCCCCUGUUUCUGUACUUAAACCUGAUUUUAAGCUGAUAAAAAUCACAAUGGAGCAAUAACUUUUUUUUUCACAGCGCCUAUAUCAAAUGUUUUACAUCAGUUAAUAGCCUAAAUCUGUUAUUUGCUUAAAGAGAUCUAGUAGUUUUGGGAGAUUUUACAGUUUGCCCCCACUUUCCCAGUGUCAGGAACUAAUAAAUACCUUGGCACAGAAAUGCAUUUUAAGUCCAAAUGUUACGUCAGACGGUAAUAUUAUGCUAUCUUGGUUCAAGUGUCGAGUGUCAGUUACAUUAAAAAAAACGGAAUAAUAAUCCAGAAAUUGAGUAAACUGAAGGUCGGGAUGGUUUUGUCAGAACAGACUUAAACCCUGAUCCAUAUGAUACAUUUAAAGGAAGUGUAUUACCAAAAAUGGAAUGUAGUUUUUAAUGUUUUCAUUCCUGCAUAAUCACCUGUAGCUAUGAAUCAGAACCCUUUAUGUCUAUGUAGAGAGCAGGUCCUCCACCAUUUCUCUACAAGAGGCCGAACAGAUAUUUAGAACUGAUACACAUUUGCAGUACUUUUGAUGUCAACAUUUGGAAACCUACAAAGUCCAAUACAGACGUUGCUGAAUGCCUUUAUCGCUUAAUUCAAAGAAAACUUUUUGAACUUUUAUCCUUUAGCGUUUAUAGGCUGCUACUUGUGGAGAUUACAGAGCGACAGUCGCACAUCUUAAAACUGAUUUAUCAGAAAUGCAUCUUUAAAAAAUAAUACAUAUACAAAUUAUCAGAAAAAUACCAUUUAUGGGAUGUAACUGUCGGCCUCUAGUUUCUACAGUGGCCUGGAACAGACGGACCAAAUGCUGCUCCAGUAAGGCCCUUUUUCAUUUUGAUGUGAAAGUUGCAGCCGCUGUAGGUUCUCCUGCAGGCUUGGAAAGGGCGAGAUUAUGGAGGUGGUUACAGUCUGCAGCCUCGCCACUAAGUUCUACACACUGGUUCUUUUAUUGGGCCAUAAAUCACAUUGAACCAUUGGGUAUGCACCUUUAUGAGUGAUCCACAUUUUAGUAACACAACAAAUCAUUAAUUCUCUCACCUUCCCUUCAGCAUAAAGAAAAAAAAGAAGUUACCCCCCUCCUUCCUCUGAUGCCAUUAUUCAUUUCCACACAGUCCCUAAUCCCCGAUCUCGCUUCUGUUUUGUUUCUGUGCUGCAGAGAGUAUGGGUAGACCUCAGAGUCUCCUCUCCCGUCCUGUUUUUUUUAAAAAAUCAGCAACACAUAUCAGUAUUUAACUAAGACAGCAGUUCUCUCCCAUCAUUUACAAACCCUGCAGAGUAGACCUGGUCGUGUGCUGCAUGCAAGCAGCACUGUGGAGGUGCAAUAUACCUAGAAGAAUGUAGUAAAUAUCACUAGAACCGGAUUAUUUUUGCAUGAAGAGGUCUGUGGGAGACUUUGCACAAUGUAUGAUAAGAAAAACAGUAAAUAAGAGAACUUAAAUAUUUUUCUAUUGCUGGUAUAAAACUCAUGGAGGUAGAAUUCUAUAAUUAAAUAUAUAUAUAAAUGAAAUCAAAUACAUUAACAGCACUGCUUUGAAAUCAAUCUAAAAAGCUCCAAAUCAAUGUUUAAUCGACGUAUGAAGGAUCUAAACUAACUGUGACAAACACACAAAGCCCCUCAGAAAGAGCUGGUUACGAAUGAGUCUGUGGUUAUGCAAAGACUUGGUAUCAAUUGUUUUUUUCUUGUUGUUGUUUUUUUUUUUUUUACAAGCUUUGAUUCAGUGUCAGUAUUGAAUCUCUACCUGCCAGUCAAGCUGUUUUCCUUCAUGCUGGAAAUUGACAUUUUAAAAGACAACAUGAUGUUCAAUUUUGUUUUUUUUUAAAUAUACAAUGUUUUCAAGGGCAACUCUGGCUUUUAAAGUUAUUAGCUGGCCAUUACCAAGUCUCAAAAGAAAAAACAAAAAACAGGAGGGAACAUAUUUUGUUAUCCAAAGAGAGGGAAACUCCAGGAAGUGAGCCCGAAAUGAAAAGACACAGUGCAUUAUGUUAAAUGUUGUGUAGUUCUGAUGUACACACUAGAAACUCUGAAUGUCUAUCAGUGUUCUCUCUUCGCUUUCAGUUCAUAUUUGUGUGGCUUUUUCUUUUCUUUUUUUUUUCUUUUGGUUUGUUUGGCUCAUGAAAUUUACUGCCGCAGCACCCUCAAUGGUGUAAAAAAAAAAAAAAAAAGACACGGUGGUAACAGCCCAGUCAGUGAUCGGAGCAGGAGUUUGGCUUUUCAGCACCUGCUAUGACAACACUGAUUCAGGUUUGGCCACAAGCGUGUGACUCAGCUCAAAUAGCACAGUUGGGUUUGGUUCGAAAUGUCCAUUUUCUAAUAAGGCGCCUUUUAUACAGGGUUUUAAAUGUCUUUGUGAGCGGUUAAUAAGUCCAUUACUGCGUCAUUUCUAGAAAACUUCUACAGAUCCGUCGUGCAGCUGCAGCUAUGUUGGAAUAAAACAUUUUAUUGUUGACUUUUUAACAUUUAUAAACUUGAUGGAAGCUAAAAAACUAAUUCACGGAUUGCCAAAAUUUAUAACUGCAGUAUUAAAAUCAAAAAACAUAGAACAUCCCCUUUUCACAGCUUAGCACCUGUGAUAUAUCAUAUAUAUUAUAGGUGGACUGCAGCUAGCAGCUUUUUUUUCUUUGUGUUUUAAUCAGUUGGGCUUUUAAAUGUCAAAAAAUAGUGAAGAAAUGUCCAUCGCCAUUUGGAGAAGUCUUGUUUUGUUAACCAACAGUACAAAAACCAGUGAUAUUCAACUUACAGUGAGAGCCUGGAGUAACAAGCUAUUUGGCGUUUCCACUUUAGAGUGACUUUUUGAUUUGGAAUUGAUACAAUAAUCCAUGAGUGUAGAUUUAUUUCUGGAAUAGUGAGAGGAACAUUGCAUUUUGGUAAAUCUUUAUGCACCACUUAAAGGUGGAAAUGAUUUUUUGUCUUUAAAUGUAAAUAUAAAAUGUGGUUGCCAAGCCACAAUUCUAAAUGUAAUGUAAUAUAUGUGGAUCUAAUCGCAUUUCCACACCAGUCAGUGGUUAAAUGAGCUCAUAAUACGACGUUUUUGGAACAAGAUUCCUUUUAAAAAGUCACUCAUUACAAUUUAACUCCAAAUUUGUAUUGCCAUUUUUUUUUUUUUUUGCAGCAUUGUAAUGUAAAAUUGUAAUUUCUGCUCCAUAAGCUCGACUACAGAUGAACCCCUACAGUAUUCAACCCUUCAGUUCAUAUUUUCCUACUAGAAAUACACAGAAACUGGAGAUUUGUAUCUUUCAGCACCCACUGCUGCCACCUGCUGUUCAGUUUUAGGUCAAACAUUAACUUUUUAAAGCAGAAAUCAGCUAUAAAUCAUACAUCCCAGGACAUUUUGUAGGCCCAUACGUGUGUUUUUAUGUGUUUGCACUUUUUUAUUACACUCUAUGAAUUAUGAAAACGCUUAAGGUGCCUGCAAAAUCUGUGCUGCCUUGCAUUUAUUUCUUGAGCCAAAACCACUCAUAAAUUUAAACACGACAUAACCUUUGAAGGCAAACGCAUCAAUCGUUUGCUCCCCUUAAAUUAAAAAAAAGAAUAAAACCGUAUGAAAUGA